UAACAUUUUAGUUUCUUUAUUUUUCCGGUCAUUUCGUUCCGUUUUCACAUUUUUCAAAUUGUCAUAAAUGCUCAGAAAAAAUGAUGCACCGAGAGAGAAAGCGGCGAGAAAAUGUGUUUUCUACAAAUGAAGUGAUUAACACGAUGUCAUACAGUUAAUAAUGGCGGUGAUUUACCAGUACCUGAGAUGAUGUCUGUAGACCUAAAGAAUAACAGAUAUUAGAAUUUCAAUAUUUAAGAUGUAUAGGUUUCUGAAGACGCAAAAUUUUAGUUAUUCAAUGAUUCGAACCUGCCUGAAAGAUCACAGUUUGGUUGGGUUGUUGGAUAAGUCAAGGUCCAGCCAAUUCAUUUUUUGGAUGCAAAUGAGAUCUGUCCGGCCCUACUCCCGUGGAAAAAAGCGACAUCAGCAGUCUUCAUUGGUAGAUAUUGAGGAGAAAACAGACAAACAAAAUCUUUAUGAGGACAUGAUGCAACUUCUUAAUGUAGGUGCUAAGGCUGAGGAAGAACAGCUUGCUCGGUUGAGGGAAAAGAAAUCGGAAUUAAAGGAAAUGGUGCAACUGGAAGUUGAGACAACUGGAAUUCCCGCAAUUAUACGAGCCAUGGUACCGUCAUUGUUCUUGAACAAGCACCAUUCCUUUUCAGGUGUAUUAUUCUACCCUACACCUGUAGAUUGGUAUUGCGAAGUAGAACAUCCAUACCAAACUUCUGAGGCAUAUGAUAGGCUCUGUUUAAAACUCGAGGUACCAUAUUAUUUAGUGUCAGGAUUUAGUGGGCGACAAGCCCUAUUUAAACUCUGUGAAGUAACGAAACCAGGUAAUAGUAUAUUCAGUUUUUGUGAAGAUUCACAGGCUAUCGAUGAACUGUUUGAGGUUUUUGCUCAGCGUGUAAAUAAUUUAGAAAAGAAAGAUUUGAUGAAAUUGAUACAUUACUCAUAUAUUCUGAAAGAUUUUUCCGUGAAGUGUUAUAAGAAAAUUUUCAGUAGGUUCAUGGUAUCAAUGGAUAAUCAAAAAUACAGCAUCAGUGAAUUGCUUGACUUCCUAGAUGUACUUAAACAGGUCGACCAGAGUAUAUUUGUUAACGGUCAGAUUAGCCGAUUUGAGAGACUUACAGGAAGUAUUUGGAACUACAUAUCUAAUAGACCUCAGAGUAUUUCAUGUAGUUUGUUAAGACGGUUGUACUGUAAUGCCCCAAAAAAUCAUGAAAGAAUAUUUUCAGUUUUAGAUAAAGUGCUGAUAGAUAAUCUAGAUCGGUUAGAAGUGUGUGAUGUUUGUUAUUUAGAUAUUCAUCGAAAGAAUUAA